UUGCGAGGCACAGGGAGAGGGAAGAAGAAGGCGAAAACAAUGGCACUUUUUCUGUUUUCCUUCCCGUUAUAAAACCCGUUCUAAUUCGACUUCGGGUACUUACGGCUAAACUCGAACAUUUGUUUAGCUUAGUUUAUAUUAAGAAUGCAGUUUCAAGCCAGCCAGUAACCGGAUAUUAGCUCAGCUCCAACCGUCAGAAGCUUUGCGUCACUCUCUGAAAGCGCAGUUCUUGUCCACGUGAAGCAGCCAUGUUUGGUCGGCUGUUAAUAUCCCGUUUUUAAAAAGGACACCCUAAAUACCUCAGUACCGACAACCGAAGGACUUUUAAAACGAUUUAAAGAUGUCAGCGGAUGAUUUUCAGACGAAGUAUGCCUUCGUGAUGGAGGGCAUGCUGAAGAGCGCUAUCGCCGAAACCACGAAACUUUUUGAAAACAUGGUGGACGAGUUGAAGGCAGAAAUAUCGCAGAUCAAGAAGGAAAACGAGGAUCUGAAGAAGAAAUGCUUCCAAUACGAAACGGCGAGAAGGAAGCCGGUCAAGGCCGCCGCAGAAAGUAGUCCGGCCCAGGAACGAAGUGACGUUUCGGAGAAAUGUGACAUCGCUGUACAAUGUGACAUUGUUCCUUACUGCACAGUUCUGGUGGAGGAAUGUCAGUCUUUGAUGGGAUCUACUCAGCAAAGCCAAGGUCACCAAUGUGCCCUGGACUCCAUGGGUCAGACUUUCCAGGACCACAAUUACUUCAAGAGUAGAAACCCUGAGAUGUCUGUAGUACUGGUCAAACAAGAGGAGCUGGACAACGUUUCUUUUGAGUUUGCCUUGAAGCAAGAGAAAGCUGACCACGAUGUGGUUUCAGGUCAAAUGUUGACCAAUAAAUCAAUAAGAACAUCUACCGGAGCUCAGCAUGAGAAGACUAGAAUUAGCCAAGAAUUUUCAGCAGAGCCAAUUUCAUCACCCAGAAAAAAUGAGACUGGAUUGGACUUUCAACUCCCUUGUUCAGGAACUGACGGCAGUUCUCAGGGAGUGCACAGCCAGUCACCUAGCAUAAACCAUUCAAUUGUUAUUUCACUCAAAGAUGCUCUCAGGGAUGAUAUUAAAGUAGAGUCUGAAGUUUUUCAAAUAGAGACACAAUUUGGUGAUCCAGGAGAACUUGCAACAUCUGGAAAACGAUCAUCGAGGCCUCAAGAAAAUCCCCUGGACAGUAUAUUGUCUAUCAAUGAACAGACUAGAGCUGUUGUGCAACAACACUUUGGUAUUCACACAGUAAGUGAACUAUUUCCAGAGUCUACACCAGUCAACAAAGAAAUGGCUCCUAAUGGAUCAGAACACCAAGCCAACACUAAACCUGCACCCCGCAGGACAGGGCGGAAAGUAGAGUCUGAAGUUUUUCAAAUAGAGACACAAUUUGGUGCUCCAGGAGAACUUGCAACAUCUGGAAAACUAUCGAGGCCUCAAGAAAAUGCCCUGGACAGUAUAUUGUCUAUUAAUGAACAGACUAUAGCUGUUGUGCAACAACACUUUGGUAUUCACACAGUAAGUGAACCAUUUCCAGAGUCUACACCAGUCAACAAAGAAAUGGCUCCUAAUGGUUCAGAACACCAAGCCAACACUAAACCUGCACCCCGCAGGACAGGGCGGCCGCCCAAAAAAAGACCAAAGAAAAGUCUUCCUCCACCAGUGGCUGGGGCUUCAGGAGUCUUGGACAACUCAGACAUCUCAGUAACAAGACAGACAGAUAUUGUGCCGUCCCUUCCAGUAGUUAAAGGGAAGGUUUCUUUAUUGAAGUCUUCAAAAGCAUCUUCAAGUGAGUUUAUAAGGACUUUAUGUGUUGUUUCUCCAGUUGUCCAAGAUGGUGCAAACAUCUUAUUGAAAGAACAGAAAGGAAAAAAGAAUCCACUGCCUGCUUUGGUUGAACCACUGAGUUGCAGCUUUUCGUAUAAAGGACAACCCACUGUUAAUUCUUUGCAGAAUUCAACAGAAGUAGAAGUAGACAGAGCUGAUUCGCAGUCCUUUGACUAUUCAUUACAAAGAAAAAUGCCAUUCGCUCCACAUGCUGAGUUACCACAAGCAUCUUCGGCCAUGCAAAGACAAUGCUGCACCCCUGUAAGCCUUCAGGAUGCAUUGCUGUUUGUCGAUGCCAUGAAUCAGUCAAGCAUUGAACAUACAGUCACCCCAUCACAGAUCACACCUCAACCUCAGGUGUACUCUGCUUCCCCUGUAAGUCCCUCAGAGACCUCAGCCGCACAACAAACGGCUCCUGUUGAAGCUCAGCCAACAGUGAAGACACUCGAUACCUCCGCACAUAGUACAGUUGAGAGUUUGGAUCAACAUUUGGUUUUAACACCAAAACAACCACAGCAGACACAGUCUCUUAACACUGCUACAUUGCCAGUAUCAUCAUCUGUACCAUUAGUUUCUGCAACUGAAACUGUUGCACAGCCACGUCCUCUACCUCGGAUAAAUAUGGCGGCAAUUAGUGAUAUACCUCGUAAAAUCAUUAUUGUGAAAAAACCUUUGUCAAAGGCAUCCAAAUCUUCAGGAAUGUUACAAACCUCGCCUUCCAAAGCUGGCCCGACAAAUCUGGAAAUGAGUCCGCCUUCCAAAGCUGGCCCGACAAAUCUGGAAAUGAGUCCGCCUUCCAAAGCUGGCCCGACCAAUCUGGAAAUGAGUCCGCCUUCCAAAGCUGGCCCGACAAAUCUGGAAAUGAGUCCGCCUUCCAAAGCUGGCCCGACCAAUCUGGAAAUGAGUCCGCCUUCCAAAGCUGACUCGACAAAUCUGGACAUGAGUCCGCCUUCCAAAGCUGGCCCGACAAAUCUGGAAAUGAGUCCGCCUUCCAAAGCUGACUCGACAAAUCUGGACAUGAGUCCGCCUUCCAAAGCUGGCCCGACAAAUCUGGAAAUGAGUCCGCCUUCCAAAGCUGGCCCGAAAAAUCUGGAAAUGAGUCCGCCUUCCAAAGCUGGCCCGAAAAAUCUGGAAAUGAGUCCGCCUUCCAAAGCUGGCCCGACAAAUCUGGAAAUGAGUCCGCCUUCCAAAGCUGGCCCGACAAAUCUGGAAGUGAGUCCGCCUUCCAAAGCUGGCCCCACAGAUCUUCUGGAAAUGAAUCCAUCUCUAUCACCUUGUGGAAAACUUGUAAUUCCGGCUCCUCAACAAUCCACCAAGGUUACCGUUUGGGAACUAGACCCCAUUCUCCCUUUACAGUCCACUACCACUGCAGCACGUAAAGUUUCUCCAUGUCCCAACAUUACUGUUAAUCCAAUACAGGUGCCAAUAGCUGAAUCCAGCAAGCCAGUUCUUGCAGAAAAGCAGAACACCACUGUACCAGCAACUUCUGUUUCCCCACCAUUGUCACAGUUGAGCUCCACAUUAGAUGAUUCAAGAUUAUCUACUGCAGAUGACUCAUUAUUAGCUGAAGAAAAUACUAGUAAAACUCACACUCUGGAUUCUUCUAACCAAACUACCUUUCCUUGCACAACAAUCGUUUCUCCUACAGAAUCAAAUUUGAGUUCAGAAACCGUUGAGCCGGUACAGACAUUGGUGUCUGCUGACCUACCAGCUGUUGAGCAGAAACUCUGUGCAGUUGUCAGAUUAGUUCGGCUCCCACCUUCAGUAUCAAACCAAAAAUCUGUCUCCAUCUCAAGACUGCAAGAAGACCGAGCUUGGCGCCGUUUCAAGAAAAUGUCUGCAAUGCCCACGGACAAAUCAGAUCCCCAGUUACAAAAGACCAAAGCUCGGUUCGGAGAACAGCCGUCUACAUCGUCAAUACAGAAUGAGGUCAGCUCCAAAAAACUUCCAGAUGCCAACAAGACAGAGACUGGUACCAAAAGCGCCAAGAGACCGCGGUUAAAGAGUCGCAGAAGGCAUGUUAAAAACAAAACACAAACUGAAAGUAAAAGUAAAAUUUUGAAAAUGUGCAAAGCCGAAGUGUGGUACCCUCCUACACUACCGCCUAAUGAAGUGCCCAUCGUAGACAAAAUACCUGAACCGCGCCUGAAGGUAGAGUUCAGAAAUCCAGUUAUACCGCCCCAUCCAAUCCCUACUAUAUCACCCUUUCAGCCAUUGGCUGUAAUUGGAAGGCAUCUAUUGAGAAAUCAGUGUGGCGAAUGUGGUCGUGUUUUUGAGAACAGCACUGCUUUGGAGAGUCACGUCAGUCUUCAUAACAUUUACCGACCAUUUACAUGCAAGCUCUGUGGGAAAUAUUUCCCAGACUCCAAGACUUUCAAACGCCACGACCGCGUGCAUCGAAACGGUAGGAUUCAUUUGUGCCCACUGUGUGGAAAAGGAUUUGUCUACCGGUACUCUGUCACAAAACACAUCCAGAUGGUUCACAGAAAACUGAAACCUUUUGUAUGUCAGAUAUGCAACAAAGAAUUCCACAAUAAACUGGACGUGGAAGGCCACAUACGCAGCCACACUGGGGAGAGGCCCUACAAGUGCGACCUAUGUGAUCGACGAUUCAUAAGGAGAAUAGAACUUAAUUUGCACUUAAGGUGGCACAAAGGAGAAAAGAGGCAUUGGUGUUCCUACUGUGGGAAAGGAUUUUUAGAUGGCAACAAUCUAAAAAGACAUUUAUUAACUCACACGGGGGAGAAACCGCACGCCUGCCCACACUGUCACAAGAGAUUCAAACAGACCGGCCAUGUGAAAAAGCACGUUUUAACUGUACAUAGAGAUUUAACUUUAGGAAAUUAGGAAAUUAGCUUUCAACCUGAAACAUUGGUGAUCUGCACAGUAGAAGAUUAAAAAUGCAAGGUGUGUGUUUACAAAAAAAAAUCAUGUAUAAAAUAAAGUGCAUGUUUUUAAAGUUUAUUGGCAUCAGUUUAGAUUAUUGUAGAAAUGUAUUUUGUGCUGUUGGUUUAAAAAUCUCAUUUUGUGUCUCAGAUGGACGUUUUGGACACACCUGGUGUCGCUUUUAUGUGUAAACAUUUGGCUUUCCACAUUCUUGUGGACGUCAAAGCAGCUAGAUCAGGGUAUCCGCGGGUCCUUAAAAAGUCUUAAAACGUCUUAAAUUUGCUUUUCCAAAUUUAAGGCCUUAAAAAUCCUUAAAAAUGACAAAUAAUCCUUAAAUACAGUUUCCAAAGGUCUUAGAUUACCAAAGACCCAAUAAACAAAAUCGUUUAGUUUCUAUUAAAUUUUGUGAAUUUCUAGUUGGUAUUCAGCAUUUUUUGUGUGUGAUGUUGGCGUAAGCAGAACCGUACACAUUCAGUUGGUUGUGAAAGGGGACUAUUUUUAGAUGAGCACAUUAGCUGGUUAAGCUAGUGAGAGCUUGCGCCAUGGGGACGUGCAAGUUUGAUGGUAACUGGAUGGUUAAUCCCACUUUUGCACGGUUCCAGGCAAUAGCUAGAAAUUAUAGCUUAAAUUUAAUUUAAAAAGUAGCUUAAAUUUGGUCAAAGUGGCCUUAAAAAAGGUCUUAAAAAGUCUUAAAAAGUCUUAAAUUUGGCUCCCUUAAACCUGCAGAUACCCUGUAGAUGCAACUUGUCUAACCAGGCCUUUGACUCUUGAUCUUCUAUUAUGCCAGGAAGGGUCAAAGGUUAAUUUGUUAUAGUGUUUAUAAGUAAUGGAAUACUUUUGACAUAGGAUUAAAGGAACUUGAUUAGGAAUGAUUACAAAAUUGAUCUAGUUGUAUGCAAAUGUAAGUUAUGAUUAUUUAUUUGUUUAUGAAAUGCAUCUAUGUGCUAACGUUAUUAGUUAUUUCUUGUUGCACCAUGAAUGGUAGAGCUAUUAUCCAUGUUUUAUCACUAAAGUAUUUGAGGCGCCUCUGAUGGGAGUUGAACGACACACAUUUUUUUUGGAAAUGAACAUCUAAAUAAUAUAAUUUUUAUAGUGCUGUGUAAAGAAUUUCAGUGUUUGUCCUUUUAAUUUGCAUUUUAUUCAUUAAUUGUUUUACGUUUGUUCUUUGCUUUAGCGGGUUAUUGUUUUACGGCUGUUUUAAUUUUACUCAGUGAUGUGUCUGAUGCUCAAAUUUAGGUUCAAAACUAAACAUUCUUGAAGCGAAUUUAUUUAUAUUGUAAAUUAUGCUGAAUCCUAUUUGAGACGAUGGAAAAUAAAUGAGACAUUUCCAAAAGUACAA